AUUCACAUUUAACAGGUCUUUAGUUUCUUCUCUAACAACAGUAAAUACACUGAGAAAUGUCAUCAUUCUCAUCGAUAUCGCUCUCCGUUUUUGUACUUUUCGCGCUUCUCUUGGGCAACAUUAGUACUACUUCAUUUGCAGCUAAACCUAAGCUUCUUGACGAGGUUCUUCCAAAUGGGCAUUUUGAAGAUGGACCAGCACCAUCAAAUCUAAAGAAAACUGUGAUCAUAGGGAAAAAUUCACUACCCAAAUGGGAAAUCAAUGGCUUAGUAGAAUACGUCUCUGGUGGUCCUCAACCAGGUGGAUUUUUCUAUGCUGUUCCACGAGGAGUUCAUGCUAUAAGACUAGGAAAUGAAGCCAACAUCUCUCAGUCUUUAAAACUUAAACCGAAUUCGUACUAUUCUUUAACAUUCGGUGCAACUAGAACCUGUGCACAAGAUGAGGUACUAGGGGUGGCUGUUCCUCCAAGUUCAGGAGCAUUUCCGUUACAGACAUUAUAUAGUAGUGAUGGUGGUGAUACUUAUGCUUGGGAUUUCCGCGCCAAAUCAAAACACAAUAGAAUCACUUUUAUGAAUCCCGGAGCUCAAGAGGAUCCUACAUGCGGUCCUCUUAUCGAUCAUGUAGCUAUAAAAGAACUCGUCCUUCCUCGCUAUACAUCAGGUAAUAUGGUAAAGAAUGGUGGAUUUGAAUCUGGACCACAUUUCUUCAAGGAUUACUCAACUGGAGUCCUCAUCCCUCCUAAACAACAAGACAAUGUAUCUCCACUCCCAGGUUGGAUCGUUGAAUCCCUUAAAUCCGUUCGCUACAUCGAUUCAAACAACUCUAAGGUUCCAUAUGGACUUGCUGCAGUCGAGUUAGUUGCAGGAAGGGAAAGUUCAAUUGCUCAAAUCCUAAGGACAAUCCCGAAACAAUGAUAUAAACUUGAGUUUACAAUAGGAGAUGCAGAAAAUUCCUGUCAUGGAUCUAUGAUGGUUGAGGCAUUUGCAGGCAAGGAAACUUUAAAAGCUAAGUUCGAAUCGACUGGAAAAGGUCACUUCAAGACUGUUAGUCUCAAAUUCAAAGCUUUUUCAGCAAGAACUCGGAUAAGUUUCUACAGCAGCUUUUACCAUACAAAGAUAGUAAAUUUUGGUCACCUUUGUGGUCCUGUUUUGGAUCAAGUUAAAGUAUACCCUGUGUCUAGUUAGUUAUAUUGAUUUAUAUAAUUAGUGCCCUUUUGUGGUAUUAUGCUCGGUUUGCAAUUUGUAUUGGUUCAAACCAAAGAUGUGUCUUGUGGUGUUAUAGUUGUACUAUGUGUUUAGACAUUAAAAUGGAAUGGUUAUUUAUAUAUUGUUA